UAGUCAGUAAACCACUUUUCUGUCGUCAAACGGAUCAAGCUUUUUGUGAGACUUGGAUCGGUCACAAAAAGCGGGAUUCGCUUUUCGCAUAGGAAUUGGCCUGUUAAGGAGCCAGUUUAUAUAUAUAUAGAACGUUUGAAAAUUGUGAGUAAAGGUAGUGACUUUUUUGAUUUUGUGUAGCGGACGAUACUGUGACCGGUUGGUCUAUGCACUUCUUUAUCAUCGUUUUAAAUAGAAUCCUGUCAGUGAUGAAAGUCGUCAUGGACUUUCGGUUCUCGGUGAAAUUAUAAUAAAGCUUAACCUUUGUAUUUCGUUAUUGAAUUUUUUAAGCUUUACAUACUAGAAUUAAUCAAUGAAUUUUAUAACAAUCAUGGCCGCCAGCCGGUUUUCCUACCGUUUUAUACUGCAUAGAUCUUGUGUUCCUCAUUAACUACUUUACUAAAAUAUUUAUAGGAUUUUAUUAUUGAAUAUAUUAUGGAUUCACAUGCUGUAGAAAUGGAAGAAAUUCAUCAACCACAACAAGUUGGGCCUAAUAUGAUGCCCAGUGUAGGUGGGGUUCCUAACCAUUCAAAUAAUGUUAAUCGGCGUAACAGAGUUCGAUCAUCAUUACAUAGUUUGAUGAUAGGAAAACGUCCAAUAAGUGAGGCUGCUCAAUUGGAGAUGAAAUCAUUGUCUAACAAAACACCAGUUUCUAUUCUUCAGGAAUUGCUUUCUCGUAGGGGCACAACACCAAAGUAUGAGUUAAUACAAGUAGAGGGUGCUAUCCAUGAGCCUAUUUUUCGUUACCGUGUUACUGUUGCUGAUGUUGUUGAUCCAAUUGUUUCAGCAAUGGGGACUGGAAAAUCAAAGAAAGAAGCAAAACAUGCUGCUGCAAGAGCUGUAUUGGAUAAAUUGUGUAGAUUAAAUAGUGAAUCACCAGAUUCUCCACUUCCAAAUAGUAUACCGGAUUCUGAGAAUUUGCAAGAAUUAUCUGGAUAUGGAGAAGAAAAAAUAAUCACAAAUCCAAUUGGAGCAUUACAAGAAAUGUGUAUGUCACGUCAUUGGCCUCCACCAAAAUAUACAAUAGAAAAUGAAGAGGGUUUGCCACAUGAAAGACAAUUCACAAUUGUUUGUUCUGUUUUAAAAUAUCGAGAAGUUGGUCAAGGAAAAAGUAAAAAAGUUGCAAAAAGACAUGCAGCUCAUAAAAUGUGGCAAGCUUUACAUUAUAUGACUACAGAAAAUCCUAAUAUAGAUGAAGAUGAGGUUUUACAAAGAAAUGCAAAUGUGAGUGCCCGUUAUGCUGAUUUGAAAGGUAGCAAAAUUUCAACACUGACUACUAUUCAUAGCCUUAAGGUUUCACAAUUUCAUAAAAGUUUGAAGUCAUCCACUGGUGUUAAACUUUUUGAAUUACAGAACACAUGUUUGAAUGAUGGUGAUGUAAAUUUGGUACAGUUUUUGCAAGAAAUUGCUUCAGAGCAGCAAUUUGAAGUAACUUAUGUUGAUAUUGAAGAAAAGUCUAUCAGUGGUAAAUGCCAGUGCCUUGUGCAGCUGUCUACUCUGCCAGUGGCAGUUUGCUAUGGUUGUGGUGUUACUAGUAAAGAUGCUCAAGCUAGUGCUGCUCAAAACGCUUUGGAAUAUCUCAAAAUCAUGACCAAAAAGUGA